AUGUCUGACAGCGAGUCCAUCAAGAAAAUGCUGCGGUCUGUACUCCAGUCCAGCAAGGAGGGUGUGAGUAUUCACAGACUGCAGCUGGAGUACCGCUCACUCUGUGGAGAAAAUAUCCCUCUGAAGAAACUGGGCUUCAUCAAUUUGGAAGACUAUCUCAGAGACAUACCCUCUGUGGUGCGGCUGGACUACAACAAUGGCGAUUUGAGAUGCUUUGCUGCAGUAUGCAGCGAGACAGCACACAUCGCCCAGCUGGUGGCGCGACAGAAGAGUUCCAAGAAAUCAGGAUGUUCCCAAUUUGUUAACUGCAGGAUGAGACGCAAAGCUUCUGACCCUUACAUGCGUCGUGGGUGGCCAAUGUCUUCUCUCCGGCAACCUUCUGCUGGUGGCACUUUCAAGCUAACAAACCGCUUUCAAUCCCAUGGUGGCUACAGAGGCUUCAGUGCCUCAGGAGAUGUCAGGCAGAUGGGCCAGUGCAUCAUCCCACCAGUGGAACACAGACACUCUGCCCCUCACCCAGCUGUGAAACAGUCUGUUAUCCCUGACAGGCCCAAGAAUUUGAUCAUUCUCCAAAAAUCAGAAGAGAAUCCACCUGAACAAGUCUCCAGAACCAACUGUUCUGAGUCAAGACUAUAUGACUACGACGAGAUUGUGGUGCAGCGAAGGUUAAACCAGCUAUUGAAGAAGUACUGCUCUGGGCUGUGGAUGUCUAAACUGCCAACUGUCUUCAGUGAAAUGUUCAGUCAGCAGCUCCAUCCUCAGGUGCUCAAAGAUCUGGAAAAGUGGACACAGAUUUGUAUGGUAGAGAAAUCAUACAGCGCCAAAGGGGACCGCCUGGUUUACCCUCCUCUGCUUUCCUCGAUUGCUCCCAGAAGUGGCCUGGCUGACGACUCUGCAAAAUCCUCCAUCAACUUGAGCACUAUAUCUACAUUAACUUACUCACAGGAGUCUACUUCAGCCCCUCUUCCAGUUGACCAUGUUCCAAAACCUACAGCUUUCUCCAUAAAACUCCCUGCCGACCCAGCACUCGGAUUGUCUACACAGCCUGCUGAUCACGCCACGUCUUUGAAAGUGCCACAAAAGUUGUUCCACAGUCUUGCAGUCAGUUCAAGUAAUGUUAACUUUGUCACUGCUGAUAACCUCAGACAAAAUGGUCCACCUUUGGCUCCUACAUGGAAAUGUCCUCCAAAAAACAACACUUGUAAAGUUUCCUCAGAAAAUUUACCACCACGCAAGUCUGCAUUGUCCUCGAUCGCUGUUUCUUGCCCUAGUCCUCCUGUCAAGUCAUGUGCUGCCCUUGUGCCAGAUGAUGUGUGUUACAGAAUAAAGGAACUUCUAUCAAAGUACACCAAUGGGCUGUGGGUCCAUGCAUUGCCUAAACUUUUCAUUGACACAUACAAGACCCCAUUCCCUGAGCAUUUUAUGAAUAAAUUGUGUCUCCUUCCGGACCUGUGCACUGUGGAGUACCCUAUUCCAAAUGACAGCAAGAAGGCCAUCCUGUAUAAGUCCAUGAGAGUAAACCUGGAACAAACUGACAGCAGAGACAGUCAGAAGAGCAGAAGCUACCACCUUCCAUCUGGCGUGAAUGUUAUUGGCCCCAAAAUUCCUGCCUGUUUAGUUCAUCCCUCAAUGCAGUAUCCCUCUGUGCUGGUUAUUGAUGCCAAAAGCAGUAAUGCAGUCACCAUAAGGUAUGUUGGCAAGGACUAUUCCGAAGCCCAGGAGGCAAUGGAGGAUGCUAUGCUUUCCUUCUAUAAACAAAACCCCACCCUCCAGCCUCUCUCUAAGCUUGCUGUGGGUCAGGUGGUAGCAGUCAAAGGGGAGAAUGGCAAUGAACUGACUAGAGCUCAGGUCACUGAGGUGACCAAGAAUAACAUCACGGUUUACUAUGUGGACCACGGCUUUACUGUGGAGACUCAUAGAGCAAGUGUCCUGGAUUUGCACCAUGACUUCCUUUCACUGCCCUUCCAAGCCGCCAAUGUUAGGCUGGCAGGUUUAGAGGCAUUCAGUUCCCAUCCCUCUGUGUUGUCCACUUUGGAGAAGUUUGCGGUCGGAAAGAUUCUGCUGAUGGAGAUGUUGGGUUCUAUUCACCACAAUGACUUGCCUGAGGCAUUGCUCUAUGACACCUCACAAGAUGAAGACAUCAACAUAAACUCUGUCUGCUUAAAGGAACUGCAGGACAAAACCAUGAAUAACCCCUUAACUGUGUAUUCUACCUAUCAGGGUGUAUGUGUCACAAAUGUGUGUGCAGAUGGCAUUGUCUUCUGCCAGCUGCCCUCCAGAGGAACCCCGAGACUCAGCAAGUUGUUGGAAAAAACAAAAGCAUUUUUUAUAUCCCAGAUGACUUCUGAGUACUUGGUUUCUAAACCCUUCCAUGGUAAGAUGUGUCUGACAUGCUACAAAGAUAAAUGGUCCAGAGCAGAGAUAACCAACCUUCAUGGCAAUAGGGUAAUUGAGGUUGUCUUAAUUGAUUUGGGUGUACCAGCAACUGUAGAGGUGACUGAACUUCGAGAGAUACCCACUAUUUUUAUCGGAGACCUCACCCUCAUCCCGCCACAGGCCAUCAGAUGCCGUCUGGCUGAUGUGGCUGUUCCAGAGGGAGACUGGAGCCCAGAUGUUGUUUCAUAUAUAAAGGAUGCUGUCCUGGGGGUUGAAGAUUGUAAAAUGAAGAUUUUGAAGUUAGAGGAGGACAAAGGGGGGAGACUAGUGCACAUAUACCUAUAUGUUGAUGCUGACUGUGAAGACAUGCACCAGAGCAUCAACCAUCAGUUGAGCAACUCAGACGGAUGGCAGACACUCAACAGCAAAAAAAGCUGCACGGCCACUGAUAAUUGCAGUGCUUCAGUUAAGAGACUGGCUUUAAACAGCCCAACUCAUUUUCAUCCACAACUAUGUGAAUCAUCUUCGGCAGAUACAACCGCCAGGAUGCCCCCACCACUGGAACUCCCCCUGCCUGGUCAGAACAUGGAUGUCCAUAUACAAUCAGCUUGCCACCCUGCUUACUUUGUGCUGCAGCCAUGGCAGGAUCUGCAUAAAUUGGUAGUGUUGAUGGGAGAGAUGAUGCUCUAUUACAAUCAGACUGUUACCACCACAGUUAUGGAAAUCAAGAAAGGAGACAUCUAUGCAGCCAAAAUAGACAAAAAUUGGUACCGUGCAGUGGUGAAGGGCGUUCUGUCCAACGGCUUGAUUUCCAUUUAUGAGUUGGACCACGGCAAACACGAGCUUCUGCGCAGCGCUUUUCUCCAACCUUUGAUUGAGGAAUUUCGACAGCUGCCUUUUCAGGCCAUCACUGCACAGCUGGCAGGCGUACCAAAGUGCCAGUGGUCAGAGGAGGCCUCCAUGGUCUUCAGGAACCACGUGGAGAAGCAAGCACUUGUGGCCCAGAUUGAAAGUGUACAAGACGAGUCAGAGGUCAAGGGAGAACUGUGGGAGCAGAAAAUAACUGUGUAUUUAGUGGACACCAAAGUGGAAGACAAGGAUCUUUGGAUCCACAGCUUCAUGGCAGACAUUUGGAGUCAGCCAUCUUCCCCUGCUUAGAGGAUCAGAAAUGUUCGUUCGUUAUUUUUUGUUUUGCUGUGCUUUAUGCAUGUUUUGAUUUGUUAAUUUUUCUUUCCUUGUUUAAACUUGAGGCGGCACGGUGGACGACUGGUUAGAGCGUCAGCCUCACAGUUCCUCACAGUUCAGUUCCCCGGCCCCGACUGUGUGGAGUUUGCAUGUUCUCCCCGUGCCUGCGUGGGUUUUCUCCGGGCACUCCGGUUUCCUCCCACAUCCCAAAAACAUGCAUAAAUUGGAGACUCUAAAUUGCCCGUAGGUGUGACUGUGAGUGCGAAUGGUUGUCUGUUUGUAUGUGCCCUGCGAUUGGCUGGCAACCAGUUCAGGGUGUACCCCGCCUCCUGCCCGAUGACAGCUGGGAUAGGCUCCAGCACGCCCGCGACCCUAGUGAGGAUAAGCGGCUCAGAAAAUGGAUGGAUGGAUGUUUAAACUUGAAAACAUUACAAAAAAAUAAAAGUUAAAUUUGGAUGACUACAUUAUCAAAUCUAAUUUUGUUUGUAUAGCACUUUUCAUACAUAAGAAAUGCCACCCAAAGUGCGUCACAGAGAUAAAACACAAAAUAGCAGGAUGAAUACAAAAACACACCCCUCCCAUCCUCCAAAAUAAAUGCAGACACACACAUAUGAGCAGACAUACCCAAACACACAGACACAGCAUCUAUUGACUAACAGUAUUGAAACAUGGCAAGGCACUGAGGAUCCAAGUCGUUUAUUUGUUUAGCCGUUAAUCACGAGAGUGUCAAAUGGCUUCACAGCCCACAGUUGGCAAUGAUUGACGACAAACCCUAAUCUAACACCCCCCCCAAAUCGGGCAAGGAAAAACUAAAGACCCCAUUUGGGGGGACAUUGAGAAGCGACCGCAGAUGAGGGGGUCCCCCGGCCGGUUUGACCAGGCUGCAAUGGAUGUCGAGUGGGCAACAUUUAUCACAUAGUCUGGUACUGUACAAUGUUCAUUAAGAUGGCAUAAGAGUCAAUUUAAAGAGAAAAGACGCCGCAUGGUUGAUGACUUCGGUGGUUCUCCCUCAGGACCUGGUUGGUCAGAGCAGAAUCCUCCAUGGCAAUGACUGGGGGAAAUGGUCCACUUCAGACCUUGUCCCAGUUGGUCAGUGUAGAACCUAAACAGCAGCAGCCUCAGAUUCUGUCAAUGUCACCUAGCCCUCUCUCCGAACCUGGCACUCUUGAAUGAAAAUGAACUGACGUUCCAAAACCGUUCACAGAUGCCAGAAGGAGCUCAUUCUCAAUAACGUUCAUCAAGCAGAAAUGAACUAAGUCCAGUUGUCGCAAACGUGAGCGGCGACAUGCACGCUGUGAUUGCGACAUCUAUGAUCCCAUGCAGCACCUUCCUACUGGUAACAGAGACUUCAAUCUUUGUCCCUCUUUCAACAUAACGUCAAACAAAACUGCACCAUCUGUAUGUGACAUGCCGAUGUGACGGGAGACAACUCACAACUUGAAACCUAUUUUAUUUGAUUCCUUGGCCUAAAUAAUGUACACAUAGACAGCAAAUUUGUCAUUAUAGCUGUAACAGAAGGACGGGUCUCAACAUUGUUGGCGGCCAUUUUUCUUUUUUUUUUUUAAACGUGUAUACAGUAUGUCCUAUACAAAGUGUGACCUCAAUUGUCCAUCCAUCUAUUCUCCUAUUCAGGGUCUAUCAUGACUUGAAGUCCAACGUCACUAAUUAGACCUCUCUACCUUUGCAAUCAUUGUGACUUUUCUACUGCGUUGGAACGUAACUCCGUCGUAAAGCGAGGUCCACGAGGCCUGAUUAUUCACUCUGCUAAUUGUGUGCGAGGGAG